ACUCUGUAUAUAUAACUCUCAUAUUAUUACCAUCUAAAUUUAAUAAUGGAGCCGUGGAAAGACCUGAACGGAAAGGUAGUGAUGGUGACAGGAGCGUCCUCAGGAAUUGGGCGAGAGUUCUGUCUCGACUUAGCCAACGCCGGUUGCAGCAUCAUUGCUGCUGCCCGUCGUGUUGACAGACUGAAAUCUCUCUGUGAUGAGAUUAAUUCGAAGGUACCUGGGCGUGCAAUUGUGGUCCAGCUUGAUGUUACCGCUAAUGGUGCUACCAUUGAAACCGCCGUACAUUUAGCUUGGGAUGCAUUUGGCCGCAUCGAUGCCUUGGUUAACAAUGCCGGCCUUACAGGUAAUGUGCAUUCUUCACUGGAAUUGCUAGAGGAGGAGUGGGACCAUACCUUUAACACGAAUCUCAAAGGGGCAUGGUUGGUGUCCAAAUAUGUAUGUAGACGUAUGCGUGCUGCUAAACAGGGUGGAGGAUCUGUUAUUAAUAUCUCUUCAAUCGCUGGUCUAAAUCGGGUAAUUAUAGCAGGGACUCUCGCUUACGCUUCUUCAAAGAUGGCUCUUGACAUGCUCACUAAGAUGAUGGCCCUUGAAUUGGGAAUAGACAAUAUUAGAGUGAACUCAAUAGCACCUGGAGUUUUCAAAUCUGAGAUAACAGAAAGCCUUAUGCAAAAGAAAUGGCUCCCUAAUGUUACUAGGCGAACUGUUCCUCUUAGAACUUUUGGAACGACAGAUCCGGCUUUAAUAUCAGUGGUGAGGUACUUAAUCCAUGAUUCUUCACAAUAUGUUUCAGGCAAUGUCUUCAUCGUUGACGCUGGAACUACCUUACCAGGUGUCCCCAUUUUCUCAUCACUCUAGUCACACAGGUGAAUCCUGAAUUUGAAGUUUAUGGAUUACUACAACAACCUCAAGAUAAAUCCCUGGGUUCAUAACCAAAUAUUUAGUAAAUUUCUUAAUACAAAUAUAGAGUUUGAGCAUAAGCUAUUGGGUUCACGUAAAGCUGUAGGUAUAAGGCUAGAUCUACCCUUGCUCUAGAAAUGGACAAGUUAGAGGAAACAUUAUGUUGGUUUUGUCUUAUUGUUCAAUUGUGUUCAA